AUGACUUCAGCUGCGGGAUCUGAGGCAUCCGGUAGUGACAUUCGGCGGGUAGCAAUGGGGGCUGCAAAUGACAAGCUGGCUUCUGCCGAUGACCGCUUUUGGCAAGCUUCAGCCAAAGAUGCUCCGGAGAUGUGGAGCCACGUUCCUGCCACCUACGUUGAAAGAAUUGUACCAGAGCAGGAGUCUUUAGUUGAUUUGCAGCUGCCACCAUGCAAAGUGAUAUCUCAUACGGUGCAGAUGGCUGCAGACCUGGAGCACAGGCCCGGUAUGCUCCGCACAGAAGCAAGACUUGCUGAGAGCGCUGGGUCCUUCAAUGUCGGAGGCACUUCAAAUGCGAAGGAUCUUACCCCAGUGCAAAUAAGCCGGCCGCUUGCUGACACUCCGCAGGUUCAUUCACAAGGAUUCGAACCACAGAGUGCCCUCACACAGAAGUCCGAACAGCCUUCCCACUGGACUUGCUCAGCGUGCGAGGAGCCGAACAAGGCCGUGCGAGAGCAAUGCAAUAACUGCAAUGCCCCAAGACCGCCAGGAUCCAGUGCCACCGAAGUCGACACGAAAGCAGCCGAGCCCGGUCGAAAAAAAUGUUUGUUGAUAGGCAUCAACUACUAUGGCUCACAGAACGAGCUCCAUGGUUGUGUGGAUGACGUGCAUCGCAUGCUACCGGUGUUGGAGCAGUUGGGAUUUCCGCAUGCGGAGGAUGACAGCAGCUGUCGCAUUCUCCUGGAUUCUCCGGAGUGGCGAAUGGACCGCAGACCUACGCUAGCAAAUAUCAGGGCCGGAAUUUCUUGGCUGGUCGCCGGGGCCCAAGCCGGAGAUACAUUUUUCUUGCAUUACUCCGGUCAUGGUGGACGCAUGCCACGAGCAGAUGGGAGAGGUGACUGGCAUGAAACAUUGUGCCCUGUGGACAUGGAUGAAGCAGGAAUGCUCCUGGACAGCGAGCUUUUUGCUAGCCUCGUCCAACCGUUGCCAAGCGGAUGCCGUUUGACCUGCAUACUCGAUGCUUGCCACAGUGCGGGAGCUCUUGACUUGCCAUACAUCUUCAUGGGCACGCCCGAGAACAUCAAGAAGGCUUUGGCUGGGGAGGCCGUGCAGAUGGCAAUGUCCAAGAGUUGGCUCAGAGAUUUAGAGCGCUGGGAAGUCGCGGAGGAUCCCACCGCAUUCCUUGCCGAUGUGGCUUCUAUGGGUAUGGGUCUGUGGGACAUGUGGCGACGAUACAAAACCGCAACCUCUUCCAAUCAGAACGGUUUCUGUGCAGAUGAGCCGAACAACAUUGGGCGGGCAGUUGGUGAAGUCAUCGCCAUUACAGGAUGUGCAUCAGACCAAACGAGUGCAGACGUUGGAGAUGUUCACUCCGAGUUUGAUUUAAAGCCAUCUCAAGGCGGUGGUCACCUCAGGGUCAGUCGGACCUCCGCUGGCGGCGCCCUUACUUCUGCCUUCAUUGAGGCAAUGGAUGCCUCACAAGGUAGAGUCACAUACCUGAACUUGCUAGAGCACCUGCGUGGUCGUCUUGCAGAUGCCGGCUACAGUCAGGUGCCGCAGCUUGCGUCCUCGUUGCUGCUUGAUUUGAAGCAGUGCUUCUCACUGGCCACAUCGGCGCAGCAAGGCUCAACAUCUGCCGAGGACGCCCCAACCUGGCAAGGCUGGUGA